AUGGUCUGGGGAACAGACUUUGCCUCCCCGGAGGAAUGGCUGAAACAAGCAGCAGCUAUAGCUAAUGACGGCAAAGAGUCCAAAUCCAUGCUUCUGGAAGUGCCCAGAGGUAAUGAAAGAUUGCCUCAAGCUAGAACAACAAGGGGACCCUCAUGCAUCCCAACGAAAUUCCCUUUGGGCUUCCCCGUGCAAGCUUGCCUAAAUGAUGGCAUGUCCGAUUCCAUAGCAUCUCCUGUAAAGGAUUCUUUCGGUGGUUGCCUGGGUCAGGGACUGAAUGCUCAUUCAGGGGCACCCGCUGGAACUCUCUGGGGGGGUGGCGCCCUGGUAGGACCGUCUCUGAGGUCUCUCCAAGCUACUGUAGGGGAUCCCCUGCACAAAAUAAAGAGAGUCCGGUCAAGAAAAGCCUUGCCGCGUACUGUCUGGAUGAAUUUAGCGGGGAGCCCAUCAUACGCUCUUCCUGGAGAUCUCACACUUCCCCAUGCUGAGGACACGCAGGGAGCCCCAAUAAGUGAUAUCCUGGGCGUGUCAAUGGGGCUCUUGAGGUCAACCACUGAGUCAUUUGCAAUGAUCCACUCCGUGCCAGCAAGUAUGGGGGCCCUUGACGGAUCCAUGCUCGGGCACCUCCUUUCCCAUAUGCGGCCACAAAAGGGUGAAAGAGCUUCAGCAGUAAUGAAUUAUCCGGUGGCUCCCCCAGGGCUCAGUUCUACAGUCUGUUCACUUUCCCAUCAGCAGAGCGCUAUUAAGAAGGCGUCCGACCUACGAGAACUUCCUCAUGGAGAAGUGACCUUAUGCCCCAGGGAGCCUUCCUUCGCGAAAACGCUGAAGAAUGCUCCCCGACAAGGCCCGAAAUCCGAUGACCCCAAUAAGCCAUGGGGCCACAGUCCACCAGGCUUGAUGGUAGAUGUGGAUAAGUCGUCUCAGGGAAUAAAGGCGGAGCUGGGGCCAUCGGCAAGUAUUCCUUUCCCGUGUGACUGCGUAGAGCCGCUGCCCCCGAGCUUCUUGGAAGAUAUCGGACUGGAUGUGCCUUUGAGUAAGGAGGAGACAGCGGCGUAUGAGGCAGCAGUGAAGAGCAACUGCCUACUUUGGCUGCCUCUAGGGAGGAGAAGGGUGCCCCUGGUGCCCGGUCUUGUAGUGUACAGCUACCUGCAAAGUCUUUCUGUGGCCUCUCAGUGCAUUGUGUGUCUCUCGCCUACCGGAAUGGGAACAUUUGAACUGUAUGAGGGCCUUUGUAAGGUCCUCUCCCUAGUGUGCCCCCAAGAGGCAUAUAACGGUGGGCUUUAUGGAUCUUAUGGGGACUCAGCUGAGGAGCCUCGCGGUCUUAUUGCAAGCUUAUGCGCGCAGAAUGAAAAUGGAGAGAUCGCAGCACAAAGUCAGAGAUGCAGGCACUGGCAGCAGACACGACUCAAAGUCAAGUGGGGGUCUCCCCACACUUGGAACUCCUAUCGUGCGGCCCUUAAGGAGUACAGCGAGGCCCUCAGGAAACAUUAUGGGCUGCACUGGCCUCCCAGAAGCUCACAAGAGAAACAGAAUUACAACCUGCACCGUCCCUUGGCCCCUCUACGCUUCGCUCGCUCCCAGGCAGAUGCAGUCAAGAUUAGAUGCCGCACGCCCCAAGGAGCUCCAUGGGCUAGUCCCCCUGUGGUUUCCAUGGGGCAACCUUCACAAGAUAGUGUGCUACAUGCAGGUCGCAGUAUAAAGGACAGCACGUGGGAAGACGCAGUCUCCACUGAGGUUCAUCUAUACUGGCCGCGGGUCCUUGUCUGCUCUGUUGCGGUUUUUGAGUCGAUAUUGAUGCACGGAUUCCUCACCUUAGAGGAUGUAGCGUUGCUGCUCCUGGAUGGAGUAACCUGCAGCAGCAGCAGCGACAGCAGCAUCCCCUGCAACAGCGGUGCAUAUGAUUGCCUUCUAAAUCAUUUCUUGCCACGGGUGUCUUGCCGGCCCCGCAUACUCUCCCUCAGUGAAGGGCCUCUGGAUGCAGGCUCUCCUGGCGCACUCACAAAACUCAGGGGAUUACUGCAUCGGAUCCGAUGCCCGUCUUUGCUACUGGCAGAGCCCUUAAGAACUGUCGGGGAACCUCUGGACGUAAAGCUUGUGCGAUACAGCUCAGAGCAGCCUUCAUACAAGACAAAAUCGGAAGUAAAAGCUGCCGCGAAGGCCAUUGUGGAGGUCCAGGACAGUGCAGCUGACCCCAUGCUGUGCCUCCAAGAAGCCCCUCGCCAACGCCACUUUACUGAAGCAAUUCGGCACAUUCUCUCAAUGUGCGAUGAAUACCUUACAGCGGCACUGCGGGUCAGGUGCCCCCUGAAACGAGGCGCCACCGAAGCCUCCUAUGUUGACCUCGGUCUAAAAGGUCUCGGAGCUGAUAAUGCCGGUGGAUCACCAGAUGACGAGCCUGAGUGUUUCCAUAAGCCCAUUCAGGCUUCUGUUUCGACAAGCCUUCCACAGUCUUCUUUAAAUGGCGCCGGAAGCUCUUCCUCAAGCGUUCCCUCGCAGUAUCCCCCAUAUGCAUCUGGAGAUCCGGAGAUGGAUGCGGUGAUGAAUACAGUGGUUUCACACCCGCUAUUGAAGGCGAAUGUGCUUUGCAUGCGAUCGGUCUCUUCUUAUCUUUCGCCAAAGCAGAGGCAAUCUGUGUCUGCUCGCUGGGGACGGCUAAGAAGGACCCUUCUGCAUAUACAGCAGGAGUGGGGAUUCUGGUGUCUCUGCGCUGCAGCUCAGAGGAUCCGUAUGAGGCUCAAUAGAAUAGCCCUCUCGCUUUCUGGAAUAAUUAUGUACUCACAAACCAACGCGGGGCGGAACAACACUGGCAUCCACGGAAGUCCCUUGGAGUUGGAUUGCCUCGUAGCCCCUGAGCACUACAAUGGGGCCUCACAGGUUGCAAGUACCCCAGGACCAUUAGAGGCGCAACAGCUCAGAGCAGCAACAGAGGGAUCAUACGGUUUCCAAGCCCCACUGUUUGCAAAUGGGAUGACUCCAUACAAGGCUUUUGAAAAGGGCACCCUAGGGACCCAUCAAGGCGACUGCAGUGGUGUUGAUUUCUCUCUGCCACCCUGGCUUUUAUGGCCAUUUGGGGUUUUGCCUGGUGAGUGUAGACUCCUUGAGUUCGUCGGUCUCUGUAAAGGGCUUUCAGGUGCCUUAAAAAGGCCAGAUCCUUAUUUGAUGCAGCGGCGGCUUGAGCUAGGCGCCUCUCUGCUUUUCCUUGAGCUCCUGGGGGCUUUUCUGCGACAGCCCUCCCUGUCACCUUACCGAAAAUUUUGUCAGGGGGGGCUUCAGGACCUCGGUGGUCUCUUGCACUUCCACCAUCAUCAACAGCAGCAAGAUAUGGUCAUGAAACAGGACCGGGUGAUAGGGUUUGCGAAUUGCUACCGCGCUCUGGCUAAAGAGACCAUAAGAGGUCUCUUCAGCCAGCGCCUCAUAGCUCUUGACCGGAUUCUCUGCCAACUCCAGAGGGAUCAAGAAGGACCACUAUGGAUUAGUGGCUCCCAUUGUAUACCCCACAGCAAAUUACUUCACGAAAGGGGGGCCCUUAUCAUUUGCCGUAGCAACACAGCAGCUUUGUGCCUCGGCCGCUUCAUCAUGGCUCGGGGCCUUGGGAAGAUCGUUAUCCUCCCCUGGGCCGCAAAGGAGAACAUCUUGGAUGGAACCCUAGGUGCACUCCGUGGUUGUACUGGUUUGGACGGAGGAACGCUUGCCAACACACGACUCUCGAGCACAUGGGAGGCUUCUAUCUCGAAAGAAAGCAAUUCAGAGCCCAGUAGCGGUGACUUCCCCCUUCGGUUGACCAUUGCUACUAACUCAAAGCAAGCGCUGCCAAGACUUGGCGAACCAGGGUAUGGCAUAGUGCUCAUGCCGGAGGCGCCGGAGACAGAGCAAGAGCUGCUGCAGGCCGCUGCAGCCUGCGGCAACUACGUCAAAGGAGGCGGUCUGGUGGCACCCCCGAUUAUUAUGUUGUUUGCUGCUGAGAUGCCGUCCCCAGAAUGCCCUAUUUCGAUGUGCAGCGUCGGCGCGCCGCAUGCAAAGACAGUGGCACGUCGAGAAAGUCUAACCCGAUUCGAGCUUCACCUGCUCCUGCAGCGCAUUAAGUUGCUGCGUGGUAUUGGGGGGCCCAUGACAUCAAGGCCCGGAGGGAAACAGGUGGCUUCUGCGUCUGCUCUCACCUCACCAAAGCGAAUGCCCGGAGUGUGGGUGCCAGCUACAGGGGCCUUUGUGCCCUACCCUCUGGCUUGGAGCCUUUUGCAGCACGUGCUGGCUCAGGGAUACCAGGAAGCAGCGUGCAGGGCCUUCAGGCAAGCUAGGGGCCCCCAAGCGGAAGCCUGCUUUAUGCUGGGACCUCUGAGGGCUCGCCGGGAACAAAAAGGGCCACCAACAAUAGAGUUACCCCCUCUUAAAGGAUUCAGAGAGAAUGCAAUUAUGCCGGAAGUUCUGGAGCUCGAGCCAUCGAGCUUCGAGGGAACUCCAGGAGGGGCCCUGAGCUGGAGAGAAUCAUGGGAGGCGCUUGCAGUAAAAGCCCUUCAGCGUCUACACUCUUUGGGAGUCCUAAGCAACAACCUGUUGCUCAAACCCGACGCUUCCACACAGGCAGAGGAAAACGCCUCGGAAUCUUCUGCUAUGUAUGAAGCUAGACUCUACUCCACUGGCGACAGAAUGUGGAGGCUUCUCCCGAAAUGCCUUCUUGCGCCGGAGGUCCUCAACCAGAUGCUGAAAGAUCCUGAAUCGACAGAGCAUUUUACAGAGCUCUAUAUCCACCGCUUGUGGUGCACUCCCAUGACUCGGCGGCAGGUGCAGGAAGAGCAACAGCAAGAGCAGUCACAUGAAGCUAUUGCAGAAAGAACCCCAGGCAAAACCUCUCAGACGGAUGUGCCUCUCCCAGGCAGCCCUCUAUAUGACAGUGGCGGCCUUCUGGGGUAUUGGACGCCUUUUAGCAGCAAACGAAAGAAAGCAGCAACGACAGCCGGGGCAACGGCAGCAGCAGAGGCAGAAGGAGCGGCGACACAGGCGGCGGCGGUGGAACUGCUGUGCAAGCUGUUUCCCCAAAGGCCAGUGGCUUCUGUUCUACAACCGCUGGCGCUUCUGCUGCCGGCACCUCUGCGAGAACCAGUUGUAUUCUAUGGGCUGCACCCCAUGGGCACUUGGCGCGGUGAUCCUACUGGGUGGGACGAGACAGCCGAAGGCCCCUCGGCUGAGAGCGAUAAUGAAGGACUUUUCUUUGGCGUCAGUGAACGGGAGAGCCCAGAAGGAGUAGAGGAGAGAUCCGGCGAGGAGGGCUUUAUGAGAAUUGAGAUUGAGCCUCCAGAAGAGGAUAUGCAGCUGAAAGUCCCCAACGGAGCAGCACUAACGGCUCUUCUGGAAUUUACCCACGAGAUGCUCUUAAGGAGUCUCAGCAUACAGAAUUUCAGGCCGACGGUGAAAUACAGUAGAACAGGAGCCGCUCUAUGGGAAGCGCUCUUUAAUGGAGCAGGUGGAGGCUCCCCUUCAGAGCUAUCCAGCGCGUCUCUACGACUCUACGCGUCUAAUCAGGAUGCUUUUGCUUCAUUGCCCCGCCUACGUACACCACAGCACCAGAGCGCGCUUCACAAGCGAAUCGAUGGAGCAACAGACCCAGUAGUUACACUAUCUCAGCCAGUUGGCUCUAUGGACAGUAACAGUCCUUCGGAGGGUCCUCAGGACCAAGAUGCAGAGGGAACGAGUGUUGCACAGCUGCUGCUCAAAGGGGGAGUCAGCGACUGUCACCGCAUUUUGCUGCCUUUUUUCGCCCUUGCCCCUCUUGCGUUUGAUGGAAGAGCCCUUAACGUGUCAUAUAUAUGCAGCCUUAGAGCUCUCAAGUGCUUUUCUAUCAGCAGCAAGUGGCGAGCCGAAGAAGCGUCUCGUUCACUCAUGGAGGUCUAUGGGGUAGACACUCUCAGGGCAUCAGUACAGGGCCUUGCUAGUCCCUCAUCUGCCUUACGUUUCUUUAGGUCAGCUCUACAGCACCUUGAAGAGAAACAAUCUUCGCCGCUCAGCGGAGUAGACCCUGAUAUAACUGGCCGGCAGGAGAAGAAAGUCCCAACUGAGGAGAUGGACUCAGGGUCGGAGAUGGCGGUUGAGGAUCUCGUGUUCUCCCCCAUCUCCCCACUGCUGCGUGUAGGCCGUUGCUUCCCCUGGAAGGACUUUUGUAAGGCCGGUGGGACCGGUGAGGGCUCCCUCAUACCUGUACAGGGCUUUGAAAGCCUCCAUCCCGAGAGAGGUCGCUACAUCUUCAAAGCCCUUGAGCUACGCGGAUUGGAGCGGCCCAUUAUUCGACUUACCCACGAUGAGAGGCGCAGCUACAGAUAUAUCUCCCUCCAUUGCGCUGAUACCACAGUCACACCAUGGACUCCACAAGACAAGAUGCACCAAGGAAGACCACCUCUAAGCGAUGCCUACAGGCACCAGCUUUGUCAGGCCAGGGUGCGACUUGUAGAACCAUACCCAGAUCCCCAGAAGGGCCCCCACGGCAACUGCUGGCUACUACGUGGAACUCGUGUUCGUCAGGGCUGCAGGUAUCUAACUCGAGAGGACAGCAGCUCUACCACGAUUUUUGCUGGAGCACAAGAUGCUGAGACGGCCUAUGCCCCACAAUGUGCUCGCUUGUGUCCAUGGACCGAACCAGUUUUCCUGCAACUCACCUGGCUAGCCCCUGCUUUCUUCCAGCUGGAGGUUACGGCCAGUCACUUGGAGUUCAAGGACAGGAUUUUGAAGCAGACGGUGUUGAAAGGCCCUCAGGGGCACUUAUGUCUAUGUAGGUUUUCCCGUUGUUUGUCAGCAUGCCCCGCAUCUGCCUCCAGCGAUGCCAUGUAUGCUAUUUACAGAACUUUUAAGCACUUUUCUCCACUUCUACUAGCUGCUUUCUGCGCUGGUCUUUCACAUCCUCCGUGUUUCUCUUCUUGCAUCCGUCUCUAUAGACAUGGGGACGUCGGUUAUCAUCGGCCCACAGUUUCCUUCUGCGAGAGGCCACUUUUACGCGUGGGAACCCUUGGGUUGCCCCUAUCCUAG